CAGAAGGGAGACCACAACGAGGUCCACGGGACCUGAAGGACCCUUUUGAAUUGUAUGAUGAAGAAGCAUUCAGGAUCAGAUAUCGGUUUUCCAAGGAGAGCGUCAUCUACAUUAUCAACAUGCUUGAAGCAGACUUGAAGAGGAACACAGAGAGGAACAAUCCUCUACCUGUCAGUCUACAGGUUUUGACAGUUCUACGAUUUUAUGCCGUUGGAUCUGUCCAGAGGAUGCACGGUGAUGAGGCAACAGUAUCACAGUCAUCUGUCAGUAGAAUGGUCAAAGAUGUGUCAGAAGCUAUUGCAAGAAGGAAGAGGCAAUUCAUGACGUUUCCUGCAACGAGAGAAGAAGUUGAAACAACCCAGCAGCAAUUUUACGACUACUGCAGAUUUCCAGGGGUCAUUGGUGCAAUUGAUGGGACCCAUGUUUACAUCCAGAGUCCUGGUGGUGAAGAAGCCUUGUACUUUUUGAACAGGAAGAACAGAUAUUCCGUCAAUGUACAGGUAGUUUGUGAUCUUGCUGGGAAAAUAACAAGUAUUGUGGCAAGGUGGCCUGGCAGCACUCAUGAUUCCCGGAUUUUCAAUGAGAGCUCACUGAAGGAACAGCUGGAGGCAAGGGCAGAUGGUGCUGAGUGGCUUCUUGGAGAUAGUGGGUACCCAUGUCUUCCCUAUCUCAUGACCCCUCUCCUGAAUCCUCAGGGACGGCCACAGGUACCUUAUAAUGCUGCCCAUAAAAGAGGGCGUUGUAUUAUUGAGCGGACCUUUGGUCGUUUGAAGAGGAGGUUCCCUUGCCUCAAUUAUCUCCGCUUGAAGGUGGACACUACAUUUGCAAUCAUAGUGUCAUGCUCGGUCCUGUGGAAUAUUUCUCUUGACCGGCGCGAGCCAGAUAUUCCAGGACCCGAGCCUGAGGAAAUGCCUCCACUUGUCCACCUUCCUCCUGGCCUCCACGACGCCGUCGCAGGAAGACUCAGGAGAGAGCAGAUAAUUGAGGAUCACUUUAAUCGUUAAGGCAUGUCUGUGUAUGUAUAUACAUAUAGAAGGUAAUUUUUCUUUCACCUGCAUAGCAGCCAGAGCGAGACUAAAAGCGCUGCUGUUCUGAUCUGACAACGGCGGCUUUGUCAACAUUAAAAUCUUAUCCAAUGUUAAUUUUUGGUGAUGUCAUAACUAUGAAAGUGCAUGAAACAGACAUGAGAGGAAUCAAGGAUCACUUAUUGUUUUGCACAAGUCUUAGGUCAUAUGAUCAACAUAAAAAAAGGUCAUUUUGGGUCAACGAACAUAGCAUUUUAAUGUCUUAUGAGUGUUCUCUUUUUUGAGUACAUUUAAUAGUUUUUGUCUCGCUCACCAGAGGUGAAGGCGAGACUUAGGGAUCCAAAUGUCGUCCGUCCGUCA